AUGGAGGAAUUUCAAGUAUAUUUAGAACUAGAUAGAUUUCGGCAACACGACUUCCUAUACCCACUUAUUUUUCGGGAGUAUAUUUAUGCACUUGCUCAUGAUCAUAGUUUAAAUAUAAAUAAUAGAUCCGGUUUGUUGGAAAAUGUGAGUUCUGCCAAUAAAUAUAAAUAUAGUUCAGUAAUUGUGAAACGUUUCAUUUUUCGAAUGUAUCAACAGAAUCAUUUGAUUAUUUCCGCUAAUGAUUCGAACCAAAAACAAUUUUUUGGUCACAACAAUAAUUUGUAUUAUGAAAUGAUAUCGGCGGUAUUUGCAGUGAUUGCGGAAAUUCCAUUUUCCCUAAGAUUAGUAUCCUCCUUAAAAGGAAAAGGACCAGCAAAAUCUCAUAAUUUACAAUCAAUUCAUUCAAUAUUUCCCUUUUUAGAGGACACAUUUUCACAUUUAAAUUAUGUGUUAGAUGUACUAAUACCUUACCCCAUCCAUCUGGAAACCUUGGUUCAAACCCUUCGGUACUGGAUAAAAGAUACCUCUUCUUUGCAUUUAUUAAGGUUCUGUCUCUACGAGUAUUGUAAUUGGAAUUGGAAGAGUCUUAUUACUCAAAAGAAAUCCAUUUUGAAUCCAAGAUUGUUCUUGUUCUUAUAUAAUUCUCAUGUAUGUGAAUACGAAUCUAUCUUCUUUUUUCUCCGCAACCAAUCUUCUCAUUUGCGAUCAACAUCUUUUGGAGUCCUUCUUGAGCGAAUUUUAUUCUAUGGAAAAAUAGAACAUCUUAUAAAAGUCUUUGUUAAUGAUUUUCAGGACAUCUUAUGGUUGGUCAAGGAUCCUUUCAUGCAUUAUAUUAGAUAUCAAGGAAAAUCCAUUCUGGCUUCAAAAGAUACGCCUCUUCUGAUGAAUAAAUGGAAAUAUUACUUUGUCAGUUUAUGGCAAUGUCAUUUUUAUGUGUGGUCUCAAUCACGAAGGGUACGUAUAAAACAAUUAUCCAAAGAUUAUCUAGACUUUCUGGGCUAUUUCUCAAGUUUGCGAUUUAAUCCGUUAGUGGUACGGAGUCAAAUGUUAGAAAACUCAUUUCUAAUCGAUAAUGCUAUAAAGAAGUUCGAUACAAAAAUUCCAAUUAUUCCAAUGAUUGGAUCAUUGGCUAAAGCGAGGUUUUGUAAUGCAUUAGGGCAUCCCAUUAGUAAGCCGGCCUGGGCCGAUUCAGCGGAUUCUGAUAUUAUCGACCGAUUUGUGCGUAUAUGCAGAAAUCUUUCUCAUUAUUACAGCGGAUCCUCCAAAAAAAAGAAUUUGUAUCGAAUAAAAUAUAUACUUCGACUUUCUUGUGUUAAAACCUUGGCUCGUAAACACAAAAGUACUGUACGCACUUUUUUGAAAAGGGUAGGCUCGGGCUUUUUGGAAGAAUUCUUUACGGAGGAAGAAGAAGUUCUUUCUUUGAUCUUUCCAAGAGCUUAUUCUGCUUCGCGAAAGUUAUAUAGAGGACAUAUUUGGUAUUUGGAUAUUAUUUGUAUCAAUGAUUUGGUCAAUCAUGAAUGA